AAGUUUCAGAAUUUGGAAGUAUGAACGUCAGUGUUGAGGUUAUAUAAAAUUAUUUGUUUUAUUCUUUCAAAAAGGUAAAAGAAGCAAAAAUGGUGUAAUUUGUUCAUUAUCCUGAAUAUUAUUAGUGCAUUCGUGACGUUUAUUUCAUAAACAGUAUAAUCGUUAUGGUACGUAUUCUAAUCUCGUGAAUAAUCAAAAUGAUUAGGUUAUCAAGUAUUUUUUUGUGUUGAAUUGUUCAUCAAUUCAACUUGAUCUUGAUGAUCCGAAAAAGCGGUUCGAAAUGUCACAAAAAGACUAAAAACACUAAAGAAACGGGCGAGAGGCCCGCAUUUUCUUCUGUUCAUGAACGAAACUUAUAUUUUGUUUCCUUACCUUUAAUUUUUGUUUUCAAUGCUCUAAGGUCUGUUCUUUACUUAUUUUUUGUUGUUUUUCUUUACAUUUGGAAAAAAUCUAGCCAUCGAAUUGUGAUAAUAAGAACAUCGGUACGGACUGCUUACAGACAAGAGGUUGAGAGGCCUAUGAAAGAAUUGGAAGUUAGCAAGGAAAAAGCUGUUUAUCAAGAACUAGAAAUGACACAUAGAAGAACAAGUCAUCCUUCUACUGGCUAUGGAGAUCCUCUUCUAGCAAAGCAGAAAGAUCACCAUAGAAAAGCAUUUGAAUUUAUUUCGAGAGCUUUGAAAAUAGAUGAAGUAAAUGAAGGGAAUAAAGAAGAGGCCAUUGAUCUUUACAAGCGAGGAAUUGUGGAGCUGGAGAAAGGGAUCGCAAUUGAUUGCCACAGCGGCAAAGGAGAUGUCUGGGAGAGAGCUCAAAGACUACACGACAAAAUGAAAACCAACUUAUUGAUGGCCAACGAUCGUCUCAAUUUACUAGCGUCGGGUAGAAAGUUAGUGGCGGUGACGCCAGGGACGCGCACGGGCCCGCACGCGCUUACCAAGAGCAAGACGCUGCCUCGCUCCAUGGGGUCCAAGGCCUACAAUGUCAUCCCCGCCUCCGCAACCGCCCCUCAGCCCGCCAAGCAUGCGCACACGCCGCCCGCCAUCAAGCGACAGAUAUCGGGCCCCAGCAGUUCACCUAUGCAUAAGCCUGCAGCAAGUAGAACAAAUCGUCCAACAUCUCUGAACAGCAAAUGCAUUCGCGGUGUGGAUCCCAAGCUGGCUCAACUGGUGCUCGAUGAAGUUCUCGAAGGAGGUUCACCCGUUCUUUGGGAAGACAUAGCUGGACAAGAGACAGCGAAACAAGCCCUACAAGAGAUGGCGAUCCUGCCGUCGCUGCGGCCUGAGCUGUUCACAGGGCUGCGUGCGCCGGCGCGUGGCCUGCUGCUGUUCGGGCCACCCGGCAACGGAAAGACCCUGCUGGCACGCGCCGUCGCCACCGCCUGUCGCUCCACCUUCUUCAGCAUCUCGGCCGCCAGUCUCACCUCAAAGUACGUCGGCGAGGGCGAGAAGCUGGUCAGGGCGCUCUUUGCCGUCGCUAGGGAGUUGCAGCCAUCGAUAAUAUUUAUAGAUGAGGUUGACUCGCUGCUAUCGGAGCGACGAGAGGGGGAACACGAAGCGAGUCGCCGGCUGAAGACCGAAUUUCUGGUGGAAUUCGACGGCCUGCCCUCCAAUCCUGACGAGCGAGUGCUUGUCAUGGCUGCCACCAACCGACCCCAGGAGCUAGAUGAAGCUGCACUCAGACGCUUCUCGAAACGCAUCUACGUGGGUCUGCCGAAUACAACGACACGAGUGACGCUUCUGCAGAGACUGCUCAGUCGCCAUGACAGUCCGCUCUCUCACUCGGAGCUGUGCGCGCUCUCUACACUCACCGAUGGAUACUCGGGUUCGGAUCUCACCAAUCUGGCCAAGGACGCCGCGCUCGGACCCAUCAGAGAGUUGAACACGGAUCAAGUAAGAAGCCUGGAUCCACUGCGCGUGCGCGACAUCACAUUCCAAGACUUUGUUGAAUCGCUGAAGAGGAUAAGACGCAGUGUUUCGCCGAGCAGCCUCAAAGCUUACGAAAACUGGAACAAGGAGUUUGGUGACGUCAGUCUAUAAGACUGAACUCCCGAUCUCUCAAAUCGCAUUGUUAGCUUUACCUCUCUCUCUCUCUCUAUUUAAGGGCUUUCAGCUUGUUGUUGACGUUUAGUUGCGAUAAUUGUGCAAACGACUCUUCCGGCCCGUUUCCAUUACAACAAUUUGUCUGAGAUUUUUAAUUUUUAUUAAUUCAAGUAAUUAUUGUUCUAAUGCACCAAAUUUUUUUUAAUGCCAGAAGAUUAGAAAUUGUGAAGAUCUUGGAAAUACCUGGAUUUAAUUUUAUGUAGAGUUCUGCAUCUGCAUUACUUAUCUAUAUCGACAUCCAUAUUGGGUCCCUCACCAGUUGCCGACAUUUUCCUCAAACUGCAAUUUUGAAUCUUACAAUCACAAGAAAAAUAGUUGACAAUUUAAUGGAAAAUUGCAAAAAAGAUAAAAUAAUCUUUUCUGUUACCUACUAUAGAAAAUGAUAUUUAAUGGUAUUGAAUCCAACUACCUUUUCCACUAUUGCAGAAAACAUUAUUUCCUAUGACCAUAUAAAAACUGUCAUAGUCAUAUAAAUUAAAUCAUCCACAAUAACUUGGGCAUAGAAAAGCGAUACUUGACAUAAAAAGCGAUAAUCAAAUAUAUUUUCUAUUUUUUACCAAAUUCUCCAUAGGAUUUUUCCUAUGAAUCAAAUGACAUUUUAACUUUUCCAGGAAUAAUGAUUGGGACUCAAGAAUAUUCUUGAAACUAUGAUCCAAUCAAUUUUAUGUGAUCUUCAAUAAAUAAAAAAUGAAUUGAUAAAAAUGGCUCCAUAAUGAUAAUAAAUAACUAGACUAAAUCAGAAGUAUUCAUUUUUCAAGAAAUUAGUAUAUUGCAACGAGUAGCUUCAUAUUAUAUUUCAUUAUUCAAUAAUCCAACUUAAUCAAUUAUAUCUUUUCAAAUUAGUGUCAAAAUGAAUAUUUUUAUUCUCAUUUUAAAUAAUUGGUUUAAUAUUAUAUUAUCAAACUAAAUCAGCAUCUGUUAUAUUAUAUAAAUGAUUCAAAUCAAAUUUUCUAUUUCUUUAUUUUAAUAAAUAUUCGUUCUGAAUAAUUAUUACAUUAUCACAUUUAUUACAUUCCUUAGUCACAACAUCAAAUUAAUGAUUGGGAGAGAAUCAACAGGAUAAACCCAAAACUGUUCCUCUCCCUAAUUUUGAUAAAAAUAGUCCAAAUGAGGUUAUGAAAACACUUUUAUAAAGAUCACAAAAAUUUACAGUCCAAAUAUACAUUAUACUAAAAAUUUUGUAUCUCGGUUGAUCAGAAAGAUGAAACAAAUUAUUAUUACACUUGAAAAUGCAUUAAUAAAUUGAAAAAUAUUAAAAAACUUGAUAAAUUUAAAGCCAGAAAAAUCACAAAAACAUUCUCUAUCAGCAUAAUAAUAACUUAAUAACUUUCAUGUUUACCUUCAAUUAUAAGAAUUUUAUAGCCUAUGAAUAAUUACAUUCUUGAGAAUAAAACAGUUCAGUAUUGUUUCUUUUUUAUAAGAUUUUGUGGUGAUGGAAUCGGGCCUCGAACUUUCAGGGUGUGAUGCUACUUAGUAUAUACGAUUUUCAAAUGUGCAAUGUUUCGUUCUUAAGGUUUCCUGAUGAUUUUUGGGACCAAUGUUUUAUAAUUUCUAAUUUUUAUAUUGCUCUUCAACUUGAAGAGCCUCUCAACUCCCAGAGUGAACUUUGUCUGAUGUUAAACUAUUAACUUUCUUGUAAUUUUUCUUAAAAAGUGAAUAGAUUUUCUUUGAUUACAACCAAUAUUUCGAAUAUAGUAUCGACGUGAUCAGCCUGGACAUGAGACGUAUUUGACGUAUCCCUUGAUAAUGACUUUCGACACGUAUAAAAAAUGUGCAUGUUUAUUCCAACAUACAAUAAACUAAAUCAACCUCAUUAAUUUCCCAAAUAUAUUAUCAUUAUAAACUAUUAGUUGAAAUAAUUAUUAUUUAUUAUUUUCAACUUAUUUUUCUUUAGGUAUUGUUUUAAUUUAUUGUCACAUUCUUAAUAAUCUAUGAACUUUUUUAUU